AUGCCGUCGGUGACCCUGAUCGUGCUGACCUGGUACUGCAUGCUCGUCGUCUUCUGCGUCCAGAAGGCUAUUCUCUCCGGGAUUUACGUCUACGAAAUGAUUAAGAAGCUGCGUCUGCGGUCCGAGCGCUCGCGCCGCCUGAUUCUGGUCUAG